AUGGGAAAAUGUCUAAAGAGUUUGUCAAAUUUGUUAAGUCUUUCACUUAUUAUUGGAAGAGCUAAUUAAAUAGAUGAUGUUGGAUAUUAAAGAUUAGGAGAUGCCUUAAAAUCAUUCCAAAAAAUAACAUCUUUUACUUUUUCUGUGUAAAAUGAUAACCUCCUUAAUUCUGAAUCUUUAAAGUUUAUUUGUGAAGGUGUAGAAACUAUGACAAAUUUAACUAGUCUUAGCAUUAAUAUUGAAGCAAAUAUAAUAUACACUGAAGGGGCAUAGCACAUAGGAAAUUGCUUAAAAAAAUUAAAAAAUCUUAAUAAUUUAACUAUUCAAAUUCUUCAUGGAAAUUGUAUUAGUAGUUCUGGAGCAGAAGCAUUAGCAGAAGGUAUUCAAACCUUGGUCAAUUUAGAAAAUCUGUAAAUUUGUUUGCAAACAAAUUAUAUAGGAGUAGUUGGUGCCUAAAAUUUGGGAUAAGCAAUUAAAAACUUAAAGAAACUAAAAUAUUUUUUUUUAAAGCUUAAUGGAGAAAAUUAAAUUGAAGAAGAUGGUGCUAUUGGCUUAUCAUAAGGAUUGAAGAAAUUAGAGGAGUUAAGAAAUUUAUCACUAAAUAUAGGAUUAAAUAAUUAAAUUAAAACAGAAGGAUUUUUAAAAAUUUGUAAAAGUUUUGAGUCUAUGGAGAAGCUACAAUCACUUAAUUUGUUCAUAGCUAAAAAAAAUAUAAUUGGCUAAGAGGGUGCGAUUUAAUUAGGAAAAUCUCUUAAAUAAUUGUAUACUUCUUUGUCAUCCUUAUAAUUAACUUUAAAAGAUGUCGAAAUUGGAUUUGAAGGAAUGGAAGGAUUGAUGGAUGGUUUAAAGUCUUUAAAACAGUUAACUUACUUCAUUUUCUAUUGA